GAUCGUUCCAGGUUAUGUAAGAGCAGAUCAACGCGCAUCGUCGCGUAUUAACGGAAAGCACAUGUCAACAAGGGUGUAAGUCAAUCUGACUGAAAGUUUAACUUCAAGUUGGUUCUUGUCUUUGUAUUUAUUUCUUUAAUUUAAUUCUAUCAAGAAAUACUUCAUUCUUGAGGAAUCAAAAUGAGCAUAGCAACUGAGGAAAUACAACAAUCUUCCGAUCUGUCUGUUGCAGAUAAAUUGGAUAAUGAAAUCAUCAAUUUGAGAGCUCAAGUGGAAUCCUUAAAACGAGAACUCAAGAUACAGACUGCUACUCUCAUAACAGCAGAUUCGACUCGUCAGAUACUACAGAAUGAGUCUACAAAAAGACCAAAGAUAGGCUUGCCAGAUAACAGUCCUAGAUCAGAUGAACUGUUAGCAAGGAUUGAUGAGCAGGACGCUCAUAAGCAGCAAUGUCUCUAUCGGGCAUGUGCCUCUAUAACAACUUUCAAGGUCCAUGACCCGGAUCCGAAUGCCGUUGAUAGCGGUAAUGUCCUAGGCCUCCGUUUUGAGGUUAUGUCUAAAUCUCGCUUCCUUCGUCCCUACUACGUCUUGUUGAACCGGCCUUACCCGGAUGGUCGCCAUCUGCGGAUCCAUAGGCAUACCGUUCCUCAGUGCAUCCCACUGGCUGGUCUAGCAGCCCGACAUCUCCCGCCGCCAGCGUCCAGGGACGAUGAAGAUAUGCCAAAGAAGCAAGACUUGUCCAAUUUUGCACGGGCCUUGCGACGGGAGCUAGUAAGGUACCACAACCGCACUGCCGUGAUCGGAGACCUACGUAGCUCAGCAGGCUUGGAAAAUAAGAAAGGAAAGGCUAAAGAGAUGGAGGACCCGAUUGUCGAUAUCAGUGCCGCAGAUGCCCAAGCGAAGCAAAUCCGCGUCGAAUGGAGUGAUGGAAAGUCGGGGCGCCUUGUUAUGGGUGACGACGGUGACAUUUUGAAAAUGGUGGUGCAAGGCGAGAACGGUCAAGAUCGGGAGGCUGUCAGGCAGCUGCUAGGGGGAAGCGCUCGUAUCGAAGAGGUUGCCAAGCGCCUCGAGGGUACCUAAUCGCUAUUACGCUGUAGACCGUGUCGAUACCGUGCUGCUAACUAUAUCUAUUCGGUAGGCAAGUUUAGGAAACCCCUUGGUUGCCUUGGUUGCCUCGAUAAGCCAUGCAUGUCUGAGAGUGAAGCAAGCUAGAGAGAGGCUUCCAAGAUAUGACAUGUCACUUGUGGCCAGCCUAUAUGCGUGGUCAAUUAAUCAGGGCGCAGAUACCAUGAUUUAGCAACUCUAUAGUCCAAGUACUACGACAGCCUCAUCGAAUACAAACGUCGAUCAGACAUCAAGCAUCAGUCUCCACCAGCCAGCAGCUAGCCGGCAAGGGAGGAUAUAUGCAUGAUAAGGUGAUGCCUUGCAACCGGGAGCUCGAAUCGAAUUAUUGUUGAUCAGUGUCAAUAUGUAAGACGAUACACCGAAUAAAGUGCAAUAUAAAGCAGGAAGCCGGCAGAAAAGACCCUUCGUGCCU